AUGUCAACGACGGAGAAGCUCUUCGUGAAGAUCUUUGAACGGAAAAAGCAAAUCGUCGAGCAAGUUCGUCAGGAGUCGUUUCUCUGGGAGCACAAUCUUCUUCCUCUACUCAUUUUCAACGGAGUUCCUCCUCCUCCAUGGCUCGUUAACUCCGCUCUUCACUCCUCCUUUCCCUCAGAUCCCAAAGAUUUAUUCAAUGAUGCUGUUUAUCAAGGCCAGCCAUCACAAACACAAUUUGGAGUUCCUUCUGUUGGUGAUCAUUGCAGUCUGUACAACAAUCUGAAUGUUGUAUCUGGCGAUUUGCAUAAUGAUGUCCAUGCUUUUAAUAAAGACCAUGAUACAGGGGGAAGGCUUUCAAAUUUGGCAGAUUGCUCGGUUAGUAAUGCUGGAUGUGCGUCAAGUGUUCCUCCAGCGUUGAAUUUAGUUGCUGGUUCACCUCAGAAUCAGAUAGAACAAAGAGUUUCUGAGAGUUUCCUUGACCCGGCAGUGUCAUUGUCCAAGUUGCAUAGAUCGAGGUCGAGGCAGAAAGCUUUGGAGCAACGGAACAGUGCUAAAGCUUUCAAACCGUUGUCAGGAGAUGGUGAUAAUGCUGGGGAUUGUACUGCCGCAGCUACACGUUCUGCACCACCAUCUCUACAGAAAGACCAUAUCAAGGAGUUAAGCUUGGUCAAUGAGUUUCAUCCAAACAACCGGAGGUGUUUGACGGAAGAAAUGAGAAGAGGGGGCUGUCGAACUCAAAAAGAUCACAGUCCUAAUUACACUGGCCGUUUAACAAGAUCCAAAAGUUCAUCCCAGAAGUUCAACUCUUUGAGUAUCGGUAUUUCUUCUGUAGAGAAGGAAGUUGGUCCUCCACUUAAUGAUUUGAAUGAGGAAAUGGAGCUUAUCAACCGGCCUUCUUUUGUAAAUGGAAGCUGUGGGGUUCAGGAACCAAAUAUAAUAGAUUUUCAGAACAAGGAUAUUGGAAGCAGUGUCUAUGAUAAAGGAUUAAGCAAACCUAGAAGUUCUAGCCAGGCAGAACGUAGUAGCGAAUUAUUAAACUUAGACAGCACCUUAGGAAGAUGCAUAGUGGUUGUAGCAUCUGAUUUGAAUCAACCAUGUUCUCAUGUUGAGUUAACCAAUUUAACCAAAACCUCUGAUUGUAUCAAUGGAAGUAGGAGGAAUAUUGUUAAAGACGGUGACUUUUCCCAAACUGAACAAGAAAGUAAUAUUCGGAGAAGUUCAUGUCCAUCACCAGGGGAUGAUUUUUUCACAACCAAUGGUUCUGUAAAGUCUAUUGAUAAAUCUGUGCAAUUGCCUCAACCUUUAAUUUUGAAGAACUUGCAGGACCCUUCAGUGGACGUUGUUGGGUCUUUAUGUAGCCAAAAUGAACCUCACAUUUCUGCAGUAAAAACAAAAGAAUAUUUAAGUAGAAGUGCUUCUGGAAAUGUAUACUUAACCAGAAAUUCAAAGUUAUCAAAGUUUCCAAAUUCCAAUUCUCGCAGGCAAAGGGCUGCCCGUUCCGAAUCAGCGGGUAAGAAGUCUCAAAAUGUACAGCCUACUAAACGGGAGACUAGAAGGUUUUCUUCAGGUCCAAAGUAUUCCAAAUUAGAUAUACAAAUUUCAGCGAAUUCUGCAGAGAAGGAGAACAUUGCAGAAGUUGAUGCUUCUAGCAGGGCUGAGACUAGUUGCACAGAAAAAAGUUCGUUGAGGCCAGUAAGCUCUUCCAAUUUAGAUGGUGGGUCUAUACUUUCAGAAUCUGUAUACAUUAAAUCAGUUGUAGCUGAAAAGGACUUGGAUGUCCUAGAAAAUAUAGCAUCUGAUGCCAAUUCUACUGAUAAUGCUAAACACAAAUCUGCUACAACUACUGCCAAAGUUCAUCUUGAUCUUGAUGGAUUAGUUGAUAAAGACCCUUUGUUGGGGUCAAAACUCACUGCUGUUAGCCCUAAGGUUAGGGAGGAGGUUUCCGUCUCGAGGCUUUCCCCUGAUUUUGUUAUGUCUGUGAUGCCUAAAGAACUUGUUUUUGAUGAUGGUGAAGAGACUAAUAGGGAUGGAAUAUGUAGCCCUGAUUUGAAAGGAAGCCAAAGAAAGUCACCAGAUAAAGAACCUCUUGACACGCAGGAAGUUCUGGCAGAUUCUUUUUCUGAAGCAGUUACUGAAAAUGGUCUCCCUAGACACGCAGACAAAAGUGUUACAAAAUUCAAUGCUAGGUUCUCAGUUAGUUCUCCUACUGAUGAAGUGAAUGUUGAUUUGGCACAACAGGCCCCAAAUACCAUUUCCUGGGAUCAAAAUGGUGACUUAUCGAGGCAGGCACUGCUCAGCAAUGGAAAGUUUACCAGUUUUUCAACUGAUGUCCAUAAUUUCAAUAGUUCCACAGAGAGUUUUGCUAAUGAUAUGGAGCAUUCAUGCUCUCGAAAUAAGAAAAGAAAGAUUGAGAUUGAAUCAGAGAAAUUUCUUCCAGACUCUACACACUUAUCGGAAAUGCUAGUUGAUUCUAACAACCAAAGGUCUGCAAGUGGUACCUCAAGUAUCAAAGAAGACAAUCCUGAGGCUGUCAUUGAAGUACAGCAUAUGGCAUUUGAUCAGGCGGAUGAUAUAGGACAUGAACGUUUCAGUAAAAGCCCAACAGAUGUGAUGGAAGACACCCGGGAAAGCCAAGAAAUGGAAGGGACAGUGAGAAAAGACGAGAAACUUAUAUUGGAUGGAAGAGGCAGAUGCUCAGACACCCUUAUGUUGCCAGAAGCAGAGCCGUUCAGUUUUAGUAUUGAAUCAACGAGGUCAUCCUUUGAUGGGAAGGCGGGGUCAGGGCAUCCCCAGGUUAAUUCUGGACAAAAUAAUGCAGAGCAUCAGACUUGUGUUGAAAGAACCACCUCAAGUAGAAGAAUCUAUCUGGAAGGGGAAGCUUUACCAGAGUUUGAAGGGUUUUUUAUGCAAACAGAUAAUGAGCAACCACACACUGUUCGAGAUGAAAUGGAAUUCGAAAGUAUGAAUCUUCCUAGUAACUCAGCCGAUACUUCAUCAUUUGAUAGAUCUAGAUUCACGUGCUCUCCAUCAUGCUAUUCUUCAACUCCAUACAAGUUCCACAGCAUAGCGAACGUUUGUCAGUCUUUACCUAAUGGACUUCUGGAAGGACAUGGUCUAAGGACUUCCUGUCCUCUAAACGAUGGGAGUCCAAGUUCUGGAAAGCGUAAGAGUUCGAAACCAGAGCUACCCUGCAUAAGUGAAGAAAAUGAAAACGUGGAUGAGAUUGCUGGUACAUUCCAACAAGGCAUUGUUGACCCAGAAGGAAUGACUGAGUCAAUUACCAAGAUUGUAGAAAAUGCAAACCUGUCUACAUCAGUUUUACAAGAUGCAUUAGCUAGUGAACAGGAGGAUUUUGUGAUCUCAGAAUCUAACUUUGACCGUACAUUCCAACAAGGCAUUGGUCCAGAAGGAAUGAAGGAGUCAAGUACCAGAGGACAACCAGCUGAGAUUGUAGAAAAUGCAAACCCCUCUACAUCAGUUUUACAAGAUGCAUUAGCUAGUGAGCAGCAGGAUUUUGUGAUCUCAGAAUCUAACUUUGAUGGGACUCACAAUAAAGUAAAAAAGAAACUUGACAAGCAGGACGGAAAUAGGACAAGAUUAACAAGUAAGGGGAAGGAUGACAAGAGUAUAUCUCUUGGAGCAAAUGUUGCCAAGAGGAACUCUGAAUCAGUCCAUAAAAGAUCCAGUAGGCCAAAGUUAUCUGGAAAAGACAUGCAGCAAAAGCAAGCAGCGGCAGUUUUGCCAGGCAAGAAAGUUAUCAAAAUUAAGGCCCUGAAGGCUGCUGAGGCUGCAAAGCGCAAUGAUGAAAUGAAAGAGAAUGAGCGCAAAAAGAAGAAAGAGGUGUUGAUGGAGCUGCAGAAGAAAAAACAAGAAAGAAAGAAAGAAGAGGCCAAAAUGACAGCAAAAAAGAGACCAAGAGAAAAUGAAGAAAACAAGGAGAAAGAAGGAAAAAAAACCCGUGUUAAUGACAUGAAACAGCCAGAGCACGAGAAGAUACUUGCUAAGAAAGAAGAGUUUAAAGGUAAAGAAGCACGCGAAAGCAGGAAAAUUGUGGAUGGAAAAGACGAUUGUAACAAAUUUCUACCGCAAGAGAAUAGACAAGGCAAUGCAGAGAAAAUUUCAGAAGCUGAACCUUUGACCAAGGAAAGCUAUCAAGAAAAGUAUGAAUCUCAGAUCGAAUGUGCCAAUAAACGAAAGGCAAUAAUGGAAGACAAUGACUUGAUCAUCAAAAACUCACCUCUAGAGCAAUCAUACGAGAUGUCUCCAUAUAAAUCAGAUGAUGAUGAAGACGAGGAUGACAGACCAUCUAAUAAAUUUAUACCAUCAUGGGCAAGGUUUGUCACUGUUCAUGUUUUUGCAUCAUGCCCACUUAACAAAGUCAUGGCGCCGUCCUUUGAAGUUAUUUUUGUGGGCUUAAACCUUUUGUGGUGCAUGUGCUUAUGUGGAUCAUUUUCUAGUCCAACUGAAUCAAGGAAAAUAAAUUAA